CCGGGAGCGGGCGGACUGAGGUGUCCGGGUGCAGGCCCAAGAUGGCGGUGCCGAGUGGCCGUUGAGGAGGCGGCGGCGGCGCGAUGGCGCAGUGCGUGCAGUCGGUGCAGGAGUUCCUGCAGGACGCCUUCGUGCCCUUGGUGGCGGCGCUGUGCAGUGACGAGGCGGAGCGGCUCACGCGGCGGAACGGCCUCAGCUUCGCCGAGCUGGUGAAGCCCUUCUGCCGCCUCACGUCUGAAGUUCACAUGAGGGAUCCAAACAACCAGCUUCACAUAAUUAAAAACCUGAAGAUUGCAGUCAACAACAUUAUUACCCACCCUCCUCAGCCAGGAGCCAUUCGGAAACUUCUGAAUGAUGUUGUGUCUGUCAGUCAACCUGCUGAAGGAUUAGUAGCUAAUGUGAUUACUGCAGGAGAUUAUGAUCUCAAUAUUAGUGAUCGCUCAAUUAAAGCUAGUGUUCCUUGGUACAGUAAUUGGAAAGAAACACUGAUGGAACUGAACACAUCCACGUUUUACACAGCUACUACUCCCUGGUUUGAGUCUUAUAGAGAGAGCUUUCUUCAGUCUAUGCCAGCUUCGGAUCAUGAAUUCCUAAACCACUAUGUGGCAUGUAUGCUUGUAGUUUCUUCUAGUGAACCUGAACCUGUGGAGCAGUUUCUGAAGCUGUCACAAGAACAACAUCGAAUUCAGCACAGCAGUGAUUAUUUAUAUCCAAAAUGGUUCAUACCCAACACUCUGAAAUAUUAUGUGUUGCUACAUGAUGUCAGUGCAGGAGAGGAACAAAGAGCUGAUUCAAUUUAUGAAGAAAUGAAGCAGAGAUAUGGAACUCAGGGGUGUUAUUUACUUAAAAUAAAUUCUCGAGUAUCCAACAGGGGAGUAGAUGAACAGAUACCAGAUCCUUGGAGUCAGUAUCUUCAGAAAAACAGCAUACAAAACCAGGAAUCUUAUGAAGAUGGUCCAUAUACUGUAAUUUCGAAUAAGAGUGCUGACCACUUAAUAUCAGAUGGCUUAGAUAUUGAUAUCAGAGUAGAUGGCUUAUCAAAUAACUUUAAGGCUCACCCUCUUCAACUGGAUCAUCCCAGUGAUACUAGUGGCACUUUGGAUGGCACUGAUUUCAUAAAGACCACUCCGUCACUACACGAAUCAAAAAAAUCAAGUUCUGGAACACCUCACGGUGCAUGUUUAACACUCACAGAUCACGAUCGGAUUAGGCAGUUCAUACAGGAGUUCACAUUUAGGGGGCUUUUGCCACACAUAGAGAAAACAAUUCGACAGCUUAAUGACCAGUUAAUAUCCAGGAAAGGUUUGAGUCGAUCACUAUUUUCUGCAACCAAAAAAUGGUUUGGUGGUGGUAAGGUUCCAGAGAAAAGUAUAAAUGAGCUGAAAAAUACAUCUGGCUUGCUGUAUCCCCCUGAAGCGCCAGAACUUCAGAUCAGGAAAAUGGCAGAUUUGUGUUUCUUGGUGCAACACUACGAACUGGCAUACAGCUGUUACCAUACAGCAAAGAAAGAUUUUUUAAAUGACCAAGCAAUGUUUUAUGCAGCUGGAGCACUGGAAAUGGCUGCAGUAUCAGCUUUUCUUCAGCCUGGAGCACCUAGACCGUAUCCUGCUCAUUAUAUGGAUACAGCAAUUCAAACAUAUAGAGAUAUCUGCAAGAACAUGGUACUGGCGGAGAGAUGUGUACUGCUUAGUGCUGAAAUCUUAAAAAGCCAAAGCAAAUAUUCAGAAGCGGCUGCUCUUCUGAUACGUUUAACCAGUGAGCAGAACAUUUGGAUGGGAAUGGAUUCUGAUCUUCGCAGUGCACUUCUGUUGGAGCAGGCGGCACACUGCUUUAUAAACAUGAAAAGUCCCAUGGUUAGGAAAUUUGCCUUCCAUAUGAUAUUGGCUGGACAUAGAUUUAGUAAAGCUGGGCAGAAGAAACAUGCCUUACGUUGCUACUGUCAGGCCAUGCAAGUUUAUAAAGGAAAAGGUUGGUCUCUUGCAGAGGAUCACAUUAACUUCACUAUUGGUCGCCAAUCUUUUACGCUUCGGCAGCUUGAUAAUGCUGUGUCUGCCUUCAGGCAUAUUUUGAUCAAUGACAGUAAACAACCUGCAGCUCAGCAAGGGGCCUUUCUCCGAGAAUAUCUUUAUGUUUACAAGAACGUAACCCAGCUGUCACCUGAUGGCCCUCUACCACAACUUCCUUUACCAUAUAUUAACAGCUCAGCAACACGCGUAUUCUUCGGGCAUAACAGGCGACCAGCUGAAGGUGAAAAGCAAGCAGCCACACACAUAAGUCUUGAUCAAGAAUAUGACUCUGAAUCUUCACAGCAGUGGAAGGAGCUCGAGGAACAAGUUGUGGCUGUGGCUAACAAAGGAAUAAUACCUUCAAAUUUUCAGCCAACGCAGUAUUGUUUGAACAGUUAUUCAGAUAACUCCAGGUUUCCACUUGCUGUAGUAGAAGAACCAAUAACGGUGGAAGUAGCCUUUAGAAAUCCAUUGAAGGUUCCACUUUUGUUGACUGACUUAUCGUUACUGUGGAAAUUCCAACCAAAAGACUUCAAUGUAAAGCAUAAUGAAGAAACAAAAGAGUUGGGAGUAUGUGGAAGUGAUGUCAUUGGAGCUGAAGUAAUAGCAGAGUUCUUAAUUAAUAGCGAAGAGACAAAAAUGGCGAGACUAAAGCUCUUUCCCCAUCAAACAGGGGAGCUACACAUUCUGGGCGUCGUUUACAACCUUGGCACUAUUCAGGGUUCUACGGCAUUAGAUGGACUUGACCCUUCUAUUGGAAUGCAAACAGGAAAGCUUGUCUCUAAUGGGUUGUCUGUAAGAGGACGUCAGGAUUUAGAAAUCCAGGGACCUCGACUUAAUAACACAAAAGAAGAAAAAACAUCCAUUAAAUAUGGACCCGAUCGCCGUUUAGAUCCUAUUAUUACAGAGGAAAUGCCCUUGUUGGAGGUGUUCUUUAUAAAUUUUCCUACAGGGCUGCUCUGUGGAGAAAUCAGAAAAGCAUAUGUAGAAUUUGUGAAUGUGAGCAAGUGUCCUCUUACUGCACUGAAAGUUGUGUCUAAACAUCCAGAAUUUUUUACGUUUGGUGGAAAUACUGCCAUUCUAACACCACUAAGUCCCUCGGCUUCUGAGAACUGUAGUGCUUACAAGACUGUCGUGACGGAUUCUACCUCUCUGCAUACAGCACUGUUGUCAUCUGCUUCUUCUGGAGACUUUGGGGUUGGCACAGGAAGUCAGCCUGAGGUGAUACAUGUUCCACUUCUGGACUCUGUCCUCCUUCCUGGGGCUUCUGUCCAGCUGCCAAUGUGGUUACGUGGACCAGAUGAAGAGGGUGUUCACGAAAUAAAUUUUUUGUUCUAUUAUGAAAGUAUUAGAAAACAUUCAAAAAUGUGUCAUAGAGUAUUAAGACAUACUGCUGUCAUUUGUACAAGUCGAUCUUUGAAUGUUCGAGCUACUGUCUCCAGGAGUAAUGCUCUUGAGGAUGAAGAAGGCAGAGGGGACAACAUGCUGGUAUUUGUUGAUGUGGAAAAUAUUAAUACUAGUGAAACUGGUGUUAAAGAAUUCCAUGUAGUGCAAGUUUCGAGCAAUAGCAAACACUGGAAGUUACAGAAAUCUGUAAAGGUCUCUGAAGACAAAGAUACUAAACUUGCCAGUAGGGAAAGAGCAAAACUGUGCUUUAAAGCAGUAAGAUGCAAAAGCUUUGACGAAACUUAUACAUUUGCAGAUAUUGUCUUUGGAAAUGAGCAGAUAAUCAGUUCAGCCAGUCCAUGUGCAGACUUCUUUUUCCGAAGCUUAUCCUCUCAAUUAAAAAGAGCACAUGUACAAUCUAAUACACAUGCGUCUCAAGCAGCUGCAAAACAGUCCUUUGAAGCAGUUAGAUUAAUACAAAAGUGCAGUGAGGUGGAUUUGAAUAUUGUUGUGCUCUGGAAGGCAUAUGUUGUGGAAGACAGCAAGCAGCUGAUUUUGGAAGGCCAGCAUCAUGUUGCUCUUCACACAAUUGGGAAGGAGGCUUUUUCCUUUCCUCAGAAGCUGGAGCAACCCGAAAUGGUUCUCUUAAAGUUUUUUCGACCUGAAAACACUCCAGCACCUACGAGACCAACACCAGAGCAGCUUUCAAAUCUUAUCAAAACAAGUCUUCGUUAUCCAGAGUCCUUUAAUCACUCAUUUCAUCAAAAAAGUCUUUGUUUGGUACCCGUCACACUACUACUUUCCAACUGUUCUCAGGCUGAUGUUGAUGUAAUAAUAGAUUUACGGCAUAAAACAACAAGUCCAGAAGCACUAGAAGUCCAUGGAUCUUUUACUUGGCUUGGGCAAACACAGUACAAACUUCAGCUGAAAAGCCAGGAGGUCUAUAGCUUGCAGUUGAAAGCAUGCUUUGUUCAUACUGGAGUCUAUAAUCUUGGAACCCCAAGAGUAUUUGCCAAGCUAGCGGACCAGGUUACUUUGUUUGAAACAAGUCAACAGAACUCCAUGCCAGCACUGAUCAUCAUCAAUAAUAUUUGACCACUUCAUGAAAGAUCACACUAAAAACCAAAAUAAAUGGAUUUUUUUUUCUUAUUUUGCCAGAUGACAUUUGCUGCAGUUUUUGGAACUUGCACCCCAACAUCUAACCUCUUAUGAAAGAUUGUUUAGGAAAAAAUAGCAAAAUAUUCAGACUUGUCCGUUUCUUAAUGCAAGGCACGUUGAACUGAGAAUACAUAUCUUCUUUUUAAUGUAUUUUUCUCUGGUAACUAAAAUACUCACAUGCAGAAUUAAAAUAAUCUUCAUAACCUGGAUUUUGAACAUAUUUGCGUAUCCUAGGCCCUGUGAAAAAUGCAGUUUGACUGCUGUUACGAAUUCCAGCAUGGUGUGUUUUAAUAUUUGUGGCUGUAUUAGGGGACAGUUCCAGGAGAAACCUUCAUUGAGUAUCUCCUGUCUUAAGCCAUUAGUUACCAUACACUUCAACCUUACUGUGAAGUUCAAUAGGGUGUUACAAUAAAAAUACACUGUUCCUUCUUUUAUUUUCAGUUUGGGACUCUUACGGAACCUUCAUGUUCUGAUAGCAAGUUGGCCCUUCAUGGCUUUCAGAUGACUCUCACUUUAAAAAUUUUCUAAAAUAAUUUGAAACAAGUUUGAGCAUUUUUCUCAUUCAUCUCAGUACAAAAUGCACUAUUUCACCAUCAUGAGAUUUUUGUCAUUUAAAUUGUCAUUCACUUUAUUAUGUAACUAUAACAACUGAGUUGAUCUGUUUUAAAAAAAUCUUCUCAAUUAAGCUUUUCAAGAAAUGUAUUAUAUUUAUAACAAAUGUACUGUAAAUAGAAUAAAACAUACACCAUAUUCACUGUA